GCAGGGGUCCUCCCUGGCGGCCGCCGCUGAGCCCCCGCGGGGCCCGUGACGCCGCGGCCGAUGUGGCCCCGCGCGCGCUGCGGGCCUGCACCGCCGCCUCACAAAGUCGCCGCCGGAGCCGCCGCCCGCACCCGGGCCGCAGCCGCCGCGGGAGCCCGAGCCCGAGCCCGAGCCCGAGCCGGAGCCGCAGGCGCGGGGCAGGAGGCGGCGUCCGCGGGCGGCCGCCCGGCCCCGGCAUGGAGAAGCGGGCUGCCGCGGGGCCGGAGGGGGCGCCGGGCGCCCGGGCACAACUCGCCGUCGUCUGCCUGGUGAACAUUGUUCUCACUGGGCGGCUCAGCAGCGCCGUUCCUGCCUUAGCCGCCUGCAGCGGGAAACUGGAGCAGCACACGGAACGACGCGGUGUCAUCUACAGCCCAGCCUGGCCCCUCAACUACCCACCGGGCACCAACUGCAGCUGGUACAUCCAGGGUGACCGUGGGGACAUGAUCACCAUCAGCUUCCGCAACUUUGACGUGGAGGAGUCCCACCAGUGCUCCCUGGACUGGCUCAUGCUGGGCCCAGCGGCCCCGCCCCGCCAGGAGGCCUUCCGGCUCUGUGGCUGCAUCCCGCCCGCCUUCAUCUCUGCGGACCACGUUUGGAUCUUCUUCCACUCGGACGCCUCCAGCUCCGGCCAGGCCCAGGGCUUCCGUCUCUCAUACAUCCGAGGGAAGCUGGGCCAGGCAUCCUGCCAGGCUGACGAGUUCCGCUGUGACAACGGCAAGUGCUUGCCGGGCCCGUGGCAGUGCAACACUGUGGAUGAGUGUGGCGACGGCUCUGAUGAGGGCAACUGCUCGGCGCCCGCCUCCGAGCCGCCGGGCAGCCUGUGCCCCGGGGGCACCUUCCCCUGCAGCGGGGCGCGCUCCACGCGCUGCCUGCCUGCCGAGCGGCGCUGCGACGGCACUCAGGACUGCGGCGAUGGCUCCGACGAGGCUGGCUGCCCUGACCUGGCCUGCGGCCGGCGCCUGGGCAGCUUCUACGGCUCCUUCGCCUCCCCAGACCUGUUUGGUGCGGCCCGCGGGCCCUCGGACCUUCACUGCACGUGGCUGGUGGACACGCAGGACCCACGGCGCGUGCUGCUGCAGCUGGAACUGCGGCUGGGCUACGACGACUACGUGCAGGUAUACGAGGGCCUGGGCGAGCGCGGGGACCGCCUGCUGCAGACGCUCUCCUACCGCAGCAAUCACCGCCCUGAGCCUCGAGGCCACCCAGGCCGCCUCACCGUGGCCUACCACGCCCGUGCCCGCAGCGCCGGCCACGGCUUCAACGCCACCUACCAGGUGAAGGGCUAUUGCCUUCCGUGGGAGCAGCCGUGCGGGAGCAGCCGCGAGGGCGACGUGGAGGACACGGGCGAGCAGGGCUGCUUCUCGGAGCCGCAGCGCUGCGACGGCUGGUGGCACUGCGCCAGCGGCCGGGACGAGCAGGGCUGCCCCGCCUGCCCCCCCGACCAGUACCCCUGUGAGGGUGGCAGCGGCCUCUGUUACACGCCGGCCGACCGCUGCAACAAUCAGAAAAGCUGCCCCGACGGCGCCGACGAGAAGAACUGCUUCUCCUGCCAGCCGGGCACCUUCCACUGUGGCACCAACCUGUGCAUCUUCGAGACGUGGCGCUGUGACGGCCAGGAGGACUGCCAGGACGGCAGCGACGAGCACGGCUGCCUGGCGGCCGUGCCCCGCAAGGUCAUCACCGCCGCGCUCAUCGGCAGCCUGGUCUGCGGCCUGCUACUCGUCAUUGCCCUGGGCUGCGCCUUCAAGCUCUACUCCCUGCGCACGCAGGAGUACAGGGCCUUUGAGACCCAGAUGACACGCCUGGAGGCUGUUGUGCGGCGAGAGGCACCCCCGUCCUACGGGCAGCUCAUCGCACAGGGCCUCAUUCCACCCGUGGAGGACUUUCCCGUCUACAGUGCGUCACAGGCCUCGGUGCUACAGAACCUUCGCACGGCCAUGCGGCGACAGAUGCGCCGGCACGCCUCCCGCCGCGGGCCCUCCCGCCGCCGCCUUGGCCGCCUCUGGAACCGGCUCUUUCACCGGCCGCGGGCACCGCGCGGACAGAUCCCGCUGCUGACGGCUGCGCGCACCUCACAGACGGCUGGUGACGGGCUCCUCCAGCCGGCACCGGGGGCUGGCCUAGACCCCCCGGCACCCCUAACAGACACAGGCAGCCCGGGGGCAGCCGGGGAGGGGCCCCCCGGCGCCCCUAGUCACGCACUGGAGGUGGGGCCUUCUGCGCCGCCCCCCUCGGGCCUGCGGGACCCAGAGGCCAGGCCAGUGCACAAGGACAGAAAGGCCGGCAGGGACCCUCUGGUGGACAACCCAGCCCCUGUGGACAUGCCUCGGGAGUCCUGCUCGGCCCAGGGCCCUCACCCCCCGGCCCCCACUGCCGGCAGCACCCUAGGCCCCCACCCACCAGAGCCUGGUGUCUGCAGGAGCCCCCCGCCACCCUGCUCCCCAACGUUGGAGGCCAGUGACGACGAGGCCCUGCUGGUCUGCUGACCCGCCGGACACGCUGAUGACCGCCACAGCCCCGCUUUGUAACCAGGGAAUACACAGUCGUUUCUA